CCAUUUCCAGUCUCCAGACCCCAUCACAACUCCAAGGCUGAGUUCAACAUGAAGGUCAAAAUAUGUAUGGUCAUCUGGGCUCUGGCGGCCAUCACUAGUGCCUGGGGAGAGCCAGGGAAGUCACCAGAAGUGGUUUUUCAGAGAAUGCCAAUCUGUGAACACAUGGGCAGAAUCCCAAUUUGCCCCAAAAUAUACCAACCUGUUUGUGGAACCAAUGGGAAUACCUAUGGCAAUGAGUGUCAACUGUGCAUUGCAAGAAUAAAAACUAAACAGGAUAUCCAGAUUACAAAGGAUGGACCAUGCUAAAGAAGAAACAUGCAAUAGGAGACUGUGUGAAUCUUUUCUAAUUGCUUCAGAAAUAAAGUCCUUUUUCCCUCUCCCCACUAAAUACAAUCUCUAUCAAGUACAAUAAAAUCAACA